AUGCCUCAUCACCUUAAUCAUCCAUUCAUGGAUGCAGCAUUAGUUGGUGCUGUUGGUUUAGGUGCUUAUGAAUUAUGGCAUCACCAUCAUUAUGGUACCUGGGGCUUUGGAAAUCCAAAUAAACAUCAAGGAGGUGGUGGUCAAGGCGGAUAUGGUAGCCACGAGUAUGAUUUCUCAUCAAUAACAUUCUUGUUUUCGACGAUUACAUUAAAUAAAUACAUAUACAAUAUGCAUCAUCAUCAUCAUCUUAAUCACCCGUUUAUGGAUGCAGCAUUAGUUGGUGCUGUUGGUUUAGGUGCUUAUGAAUUAUGGCAUCAUCACCAAUAUGGUACUUGGGGCUUCGGAAAUCCAUACAAUCAAGGUGGAGCUGGUGGUCAAUAUGGAUAUGGUGACCCAUAUGGUUAUGGUGGAGGAUAUUAUUAA